AUGUAUCAAUCUUCAUCUCCUAAACCACAGCUAAGCAUUAAUAAUAACUCCUCAAGCAUCACCACUAAUUCAACUACGACAAUCAAUCCGUUACUUUUUGCAACCCCAUUAAACUUCAAACCAGCAUCAUCCACCACAUUAACAUCUACAUUUGAUAAUCAAAUACCGAAAUCAUAUAUUGUUUUAUCUAACAAUUCUAAUAUGAAAAAUUCCAAACUUCAAAAAGAUAAUAAACUAGUUAAAGCAAAUACGAAGAAAUCUACUAAUGACCCACCAAAACCUAAAUCUUUAAAUGAAGCAAUUGCUAAUUAUACUGGGAAUAAGUAUUUGACUCAUAAGGAGAGGAAAAGGAAAAGAAAAUUACAAGAAAGAAAUAAUGAAGAGAAACAAGACCAAGAGGAAGAAGAGGAAGAAGAUAAUGGAGAAAGGCGUGUAACUAAAAAAGCGAAAAGAGGAAUGUGGGAUUCUAUCAAAUCAUUCUUACUGGGUACACCAACCCCACUUUCAGAUGAGGAAGAUUUGGGUGAGAAUAUAGAAGAAAACCGGGAACAAAAGGAAGAAAAGGAGGAGGAAGGUGAUGACAAAAUAGAAGACGAUGAUUCAAGUUCCUCUGGUGAAGUAUUGACUGAAACAUCACCAUUUACUGGAUUUAGUGAACCAGAAAAAAGUGAAAUCGACGACAUUGAAGAAGAGGAAGACGACGCAGAUUUUGUGGAUGAAGAUUCAGAUUCACCUGAAAGUAGUGAUCAAGAUGAUGAAGAUGUUGAAUCAGAUUCUGUAUCAUCACAACCAUCUGAUAAUGACGAAGAGGAUUUAGAAAAGUUGAAAUAUGAUUUAAAAAUCGAUCAAUUAGUCAAUGGCAAAGAUGACAACGAAGAAGACGAGGAUGAAGACGAAGAAGAAGAGGAAACACAAGAACGGACAUCAACUACUCCACCAACAUCACCAGAAGAGGACACGGAAAAACAACAACCAGAGCCACUGGAAGUUUCGUAUUAUGAUAUUAAUGAAUAUGAAGACGAUCGUGGAUCCAACAAUUCUACUAGGAUAUACAAGAAUUGGAGAGAAUUAGUUAAUAAAAAACCUCCUGUUGGAUUAUUGAACCAUGGUGUCACAUGCUACAUGAAUUCAGCAAUUCAAUCAAUUAUUCAUAUACCGGCAAUGCAACAUUAUUUAAACGAUGUGAAUGAUAAUAAAUAUUCUCAACUUAAACCAAGAUCGGUGACUCAUGUUUUAGCUGAGUUAUCUAAAAGAAUGUGGUUAGCAUCGAAUACUAACAACAAUAAAAAGGGUAAAAAUAGUGGUGGGAUGAAAUAUAUUAAUCCGAAAAAAAUCAUUCAGAGAUUGGAUGAAAUCAAUUGCAUGAUGAGUGAAUGGCAACAAGAAGAUUCUCAUGAAUAUUAUAUGUCAUUAAUCUCUAGACUACAAGAAGACUCUACACCAAAGGGGAAAAAAUUGAAUGAAUCGAUUAUAUAUGAUAUUUUCGGUGGAUUAUUGAAUCAACGUAUCACAUGUCAUAAAUGUCAUAAUGUUUCAAUCACAAAACAAGAAUUUUAUGAUUUAUCAUUAGGGUUAAAUAAAAAGAAAGCCAAACCACACAGCAGCAACGACGACAACAACAGCAUUAAUAAUAAUAACAAUAACAAUAACAAUAAUAGUAAUGAUGAAACUACGUCCACUACUAUCGAUCCCUCCUCCACCACAAUGUUUAAUAGUAAUAAAUUCUCAAUUGAAAAAUCUAUUAAUGAUUUUUUCAGUAAUGAAUUAAUUAAAAAACUGGAGAAUGAUAGCAAAUCAGGGUAUUUCUGUGAGAAAUGUAAUCGAUUCACUCAUGCCAAUAAAAUUUCUUCAAUUGAAAUUGCUCCAGAAACAUUAACCAUUCAUUUUAAACGAUUUAAAUUCAAUAAUAAUUCUUCAUCCAAAGUUAAACAACUGAUAAAUUAUAGCAAAUACCUUGAUUUAAGCAAAUAUAUGGUUCAAGGAACUGCUAAAUAUCGGUUGACAUCAGUUAUUGUUCAUGAAGGUAGAUCAAUUUCUAGUGGACAUUAUGUUGCUCAUUGUUUACAACCUGAUGGAUAUACUUGGUGCACUUAUGAUGAUGAAUACAUUAAUAAAAUUGAGGAAAGAGUGGCAUUAAAUGAUCCUUCGGCUUAUGUAUUAGUAUAUACCAAAUUGACCCCAAAGGUUUAA